UCUUUUUCCCGGUAUUUUUUGGGGGGUGACGGGGGAUGGGUAGGGGUUGGCCUCUGUCUGCGACUGUUACUGUUCUUUUCUUCAAACGAAUCUGGGCAAGCUUCACGUGCUGUCCCUCUUCGGGUGGCAUCCGAAGCCGCCUAGUGAUGGCUCUCUGCUUAGAAAGAGGUUAUACGUUGGCUCUUCAAAGACGUUCACCUCAUCAGAGAAACCCCUGACUCCUUUGCAGUGGUGUAGACAUGUCCUAGAUAACCCGACUCCUGAGAUGGAAGCAGCGAGACGUUCCUUGUGCUUUAGACUGGAGCAAGCUAGCCGCUGGCGGAGUCUCUUCUCUUCAACUGCCUCACUGGCUUUUCCCUAUAGUCCUGUUGCAAGACUCAGCCCUUAUAGCAAUGGCAUUAAUACUCCCAGCUUCUCUAAAACCUCAAAUAAAGCAAUACUAACACCUGAAAAAACAGGUUACACUUCCAGGGGCUCCCCGCUCAGCCCCCAGUCAUCUAUUGACAGUGAGCUGAGUACUUCAGAAUUGGAGGAUGAUUCUAUCUCCAUGGGAUAUAAAUUACAGGACCUCACUGAUGUUCAGAUCAUGGCUCGUCUGCAAGAAGAAAGCCUCAGGCAAGAUUAUGCCUCUACUUCAGCAUCUGUGUCGAGGCACAGUUCCAGUGUGUCACUGAGUUCAGGAAAAAAAGGGACAUGUAGUGAUCAAGAAUAUGACCGAUACAGUCUGGAGGAUGAAGAGGAAUUCGAUCAUCUGCCACCACCUCAGCCUCGUCUUCCAAGGUGUUCACCUUUCCAAAGAGGGAUUCCCCAUUCACAGACUUUCUCAAGCAUUCGGGAGUGUAGGAGGAGCCCCAGUUCCCAAUAUUUUCCCUCAAAUAAUUACCAGCAGCAACAGUAUUAUUCACCUCAAGCCCAAACUACAGAUCAGCAACCAAAUAGGUCCAAUGGAGAUAAGCUCCGAAGAAGUAUGCCCAACCUAGCCCGGAUGCCAAGUACAACUGCCGUUAGUAGCAACAUUAGUUCUCCAGUCACCGUGCGAAACAGUCAGAGUUUUGACUCAAGCUUGCAUGGAGCUGGAAAUGGAAUCUCAAGAAUACAGUCUUGUAUUCCAUCACCAGGACAGCUUCAACACAGAGUCCACAGCGUGGGACAUUUCCCAGUGUCUGUCCGACAGCCUCUUAAAGCCACAGCCUAUGUGAGUCCAACUGUUCAAGGCAGCAGUAACAUGCCUUUAUCCAAUGGCUUACAGCUAUAUUCCAACACGGGCAUCCCCACACCAAACAAAGCAGCAGCUUCUGGGAUAAUGGGUCGCAGUGCACUUCCAAGACCUUCAUUGGCAAUAAAUGGGAGUAACCUGCCUCGAAGCAAAAUUGCACAGCCUGUUAGAAGUUUUCUUCAGCCUCCAAAGCCUCUGUCUUCACUCAGCACUCUGAGGGAUGGAAAUUGGAGAGAUGGUUGCUACUGAUGCAGUUUUAUGUCCCCUUGAAGAAUGGGAAAGAAGUGAAUAUGAGGGUUGUGUUACCUAGCUGGCUGGGUAACAGUGGGUGUUGGGAUAUUCUUUCCCUUUUGCGUGUUAAUGUAUUUACUGCAUUGUUUUUCAAUGGACCAGUCACCAGAGACUAACUAUUGCACUUAAAUAUUUGCCUGGGAUACUGCAGCAUUCGCAAAUUCAGAGUUGCAGUAUUGUGACACUUAGAUCUAGGAAGUUUUUGUAGAACUGCUCUGUACCUGAAUACUUUUUGAAAGAAUUGAAAUGUAUCAAUAAUGCUUUGCCAUAUGAGUUUUUAAAAGUAACUUGUUAAAUUUACUUAUGUGUUCUAAACAUCUUUCCAUUACAUGUUCUGUAUUUUAAUACAUUGCAUAUUUACAACUAGGUUCUAUAAUGUAUGCUUUGAAAUUUACUUUUUUAUAGUUUACAGGAAUUUUAUUUUUUGUGCCUAUUUCUUUUUACACCUAUGUGAACCACUAUGGAACAACUUAAAUUUUGUGCCAUAAAAAUAUUUUUGUGGUAAGGUACUAUUUUUUUAGCUCUAGGGAUAUAUCAGCAAAAAUACAUUAUACAAUUUGAGAGACAUAAUUUUGUGUUGAAUGAGCACAACAUAAUCUGAAGCAUUGCAAGGAGAUAGCCAGACAGCAGAAUUAAAUGGUCUUGUCUUUUUCAUUGUUAAUUUAUUGUCAUACAUGGAUUUCAUAUUUAUAAUGGUGUCACAAGCUCAUUGCACUUAAUACUUGCAAUGUUUGCUACUGUACCACAAUUGAUUUUCAAUACUUUAUUACAAAGGAUGAAACUGUAAUGUUUUAUUAACAAUGCUUCUGAAAAUGAAUGCAUUUUAAAGCAAAUAAAUCUUUUUGAUAGACCUUUUACAAAAUUCAUUUGCACUAAUGAAUGCUUUCUUAUGGUAUAACUUAAUAUUUGUUACUGUGUACACUGCUGUUUUGGAAUGUUCAGAAAUAAAGAGUCUAUUUCAGCAAUA